AUGACCACAGAAAAGAUCGUCCCGACCGAUCGGGAGCUCCACAAUAUUGAGCUGAACAAUCCCGAUGUUAUCGAGCUUACUCGUCAGGCAGAAGAGAGUGAUGCGGCCGAUCGGUUGUUGACGGUACGCCAGGCCUUGAUCAAGUACAAGAAAGCAGUAUUCUGGGCCAUGUUCCUAUCUACGAGUUUGAUCAUGGAAGGGUACGACUUGGUUAUUAUUACAUCGUUCUACGGCCAGUCGCAAUUUAUCAAUCGCUUCGGAGUGGCAGAUGCCGCUACUGGGGUCAAAUCUAUCCCUGCAUCCUGGCAAUCCGGUCUCUCUAACUCAUCGGUCGUUGGUCAACUUGCCGGACUACUCGUCAAUGCAUACACCCAAGAUCGUUUUGGCUGUCGGCCCACUAUGAUGUUCUUCAUGUGUUGGAUGAUGGUCAUGAUCUUUAUCCCUGUUUUUGCACCAUCGUUGCCCAUCUUGGCUUGGGGAGAGGCAAUGUGUGGUGUUUCAUGGGGUGUUUUCCAGACUCUGUCCACGGCCUACGCAUGCGAAGUCGUUCCCACCGUCCUUCGGCCAUACGUUACCGCCUAUGUCUGCAUGUGUUGGGGAGCUGGUAUUCUCCUCUCCUCCGGUGUUGUCCGAGCUGUCGCAAGCGUGGACGGUGAUCUUGGCUGGAGGCUUCCAUUUGCAUUGCAAUGGAUCUGGCCAGUUCCUUUAUUCAUUGGCACAUAUUUUGCACCCGAAUCCCCCUGGAACGCAGUCAGACGAGGCCAAUUUGAUAUCGCUAGAAAGGGUCUGUUGCGGCUUCAUCAAGAUACACCAGAGAAGGAACGUGAGGUAGAUGCUACUCUUGCUUAUAUCAGGUACACCACGGAGUUGGAAAAGGCAGAGACUGCCAACGCGAGCUUUCUGGAAUGUUUCAAGGGGCAAAAUUUGCGGCGGACUGAAAUUAACUGUGUUGUAUGGGCAGCUCAAAUUCUCUGUGGGAAUGCCCUCCUCGGAUUCUCCGUUGUCUUCCUCGAGGCUGCAGGUUUCAGUGAACUCCAGGCCUUCGAUGUCAACAUUUCUCUUUCUGCGUGCUAUAUUAUCGGCGGUAUUAUUUGUUGGCUUAUCUUCCCUCACCUCGGUCGCGCAACCAUCUAUAUGGGCGGCAUGGCUUUCAUGUUUGUCUGCCUUAUGGUUAUUGGUGGACUCGGCUGUGUCGACUCAAAGUCUGCGCAGAUGGCCAUUGGAGUGUUAUUUGUGAUUUCCACCUUAUGCAACAUGAUUACAGUUGGACCAGCUUGUUAUCCCAUUGUUGCUGAAACACCCUCUGGGAGACUAAGAUACAAGACGAUUGUCAUCGGAAGAUUCGUCUAUAAUCUUACUGGUAUUGUUCAUAAUAUCAUCACGCCUCGCAUGAUUUCUGCGACCGCCUGGAAUUGGGGCGCUAAAGCCGGAUUCUUCUAUGCUGGAACGAACCUCCUUUGCAACAUUUGGUGCUGGUUCCGUCUGCCAGAGACAAAAGAUCGCACGUUUGGCGAGAUUGACUUGCUCUUUGAGAAUCGGGUCCCAGCAAGAAAAUUCAAGUCAACUAAAGUUGAACAAUUCGCUCUUCAAGCAGAUAUUAAGGUCAAGUCUGAAUCAGCUGGUGGUCGGGCUGAACAUGUGGAAAGCUUUGCCUGA